UGUAGGAGUGAACAGAUAGGGAAACACUAUGCGACCCAAGCUAGAAGGCACAAGCCAGAUGCAACAUUAAGCAUCAGCGAAACCUUACCCUUACGUAAGUCACAUCACUGCUUUUAAGAUGCCAGAGUGUGAGUUAGAGCUGGAAGUUUGACUUGGACAGAGUGCAGCAGGCAAGUGGGACAAACAAGUGCGACAGAGGAGCACGGGCAGUGAACGGCUGCUGCUGCACUAGGAUCUCCAAACGUUACGCUCUUCCCGCCUUCAAGGGCUAGCAAACUUCCUUCCCCACAUAACUUAAAGAGACUACCUCGCUCCCCUGCCCGUCCGUCCCUCUUCUCGAGUGGUGCUUUACUGAGUUCCCAAGCCUCCCUUUCGAAAGUGAAGAUGCCUGCAAAGACUGGAGGAGGAGGCUUCGGGAGGGAAGCUUUUCAGCAGAUUCUGGCCGGAGGCUCAGCGGGUCUUAUAGAAAUCUGCCUGAUGCAUCCUCUAGAUGUGGUGAAAACCAGGUUCCAGAUUCAGAGAGGGCAAACUGAUCCAAACAACUAUAAGAGCUUGGGAGACAGUUUUCUCAAAAUCUACCGAACAGAAAGGUUGUUUGGGUUUUACAAAGGAAUUCUCCCACCCAUCUUGGUUGAAACACCAAAAAGAGCGGUGAAGUUUUUUGCCUUUGAACAAUAUAAGAAAUUACUUGGAUAUGUGUCAUUGUCACCAGGAUUGGCAUUUGCAAUUGCAGGAUUGGGAUCUGGACUAACAGAAGCUAUUGUGGUUAACCCUUUUGAGGUUGUAAAAGUUGGUUUGCAGGCCAAUCGGGACACAUUUGCACAGCAACCAUCCACUCUGAGUUAUGCAAGACACAUCAUUAAAACAAAAGGUCUGGGGCUCCAGGGACUCAACAAAGGACUCACAGCAACUUUAGGACGGCAUGGCAUUUUCAACAUGGUUUAUUUCGGAUUCUACUUCAAUGUUAAAAACAUAAUUCCUGUCAAUAAGGACCCAAUCUUGGAGUUUUGGAGAAAAUUUGGAAUUGGUCUUCUCUCUGGCGUAACAGCUUCAGUCAUUAACAUUCCUUUUGAUGUUGCCAAAAGUAGGAUUCAAGGGCCACAACCAGUUCCUGGAGAGAUCAAGUAUAUAACCUGUUUUAAAACAAUGGCAACGAUCUAUCAGGAAGAAGGGUUUUUUGCUUUGUACAAAGGCUUGCUUCCCAAGAUUAUGAGACUUGGACCAGGUGGUGCAGUGAUGCUUUUGGCUUAUGAAUACGUAUAUUGUUGGCUUCAGGAAAACUGGUGAUUCAAGGAUUGCCUAUGAAAUCUUUUUUUUGAGAUAAUGGACAUCUGCUCUAUAACACAGUGAUCAGAGCAGAAUCUAUUAUUAGUGUUGACAGGCAGAUAAACUUUAAAGGAGAAAGCAACUUUCCUCAAGAACAAACACAUUUAGAAAUUCUUUAAGUAUGUCUCUGGAUAUAUUUUAAACUGUAAUUGUGAUCAUGUCAUCUGGUCCAUGGAGAGAAAAGUAAUCUACAGCAAACAUGUAAUCAGAAUGGGGGAACAUUCAUAUAGAAACCACAUUUAUAGGAAUGCCUUGAAUGAAUUCUAUAACAUUUUUGUGCCUCAAUUCAUAUUUCAUCUUUACCAUAUCAAUAAUUACUUUAUCAUACAAAGUCGAAGAAAAAUAUGUACAAGAAAAUUAAAUAGUUUUGUUGCCAUUUUAACAGUACUCAAGUGCUUAGAAGAAAAGCAAGGUUUUUGUUUAAAUUUGUUUAAAUAUCCUAUAAGUAAUUAAAUUCCAAAAUAAGUAGUUUAACUUUUAAAAGUAUUGUGAAAAUAUUUCAAGAACAUGAAAAUGGACAUUUAUUGUACAAAAAUUUUUGAAAUAGUGAUACCAAAGUUAAUUUUUUAAAUAUUUUAAUUAUUCCAUUGACUAACACUUUCACU